AUGUCUUCACACCCUCUUUCUGUUCCCCGUUCUAUUAUCUCUCUUCUUUUCCUCCUGCUUCCUGAAGUGUUCGCCGUUAAUUACUCGCCUUCUUUCCCAACUUUCUAUUACGGCCUUUCCCCGUCGCCUGUGGCAGUCACACGACAAGGCCUUCCAAACCUGACUCCGACAUCUCUCUCUCUCUCUCUCUCUAUCUAUCUAUCUAUCUAUAUAUCUCCCUCAACCUUUUCCCGCUCUUCGCCAUCCUUUCCCCUCUAUACCUUAUUCUUUCUUCUUUAUUUCUCUUCCCGCCUUCCUCUCUCCUCUUAUAUCUCUCCCCUCCUUCCUCUCUCCCUUUCUCUCUCCCCUUCGUCCUCUCUCUCGCCCUCUUUCUUUCUCCCCCCCUUCUUCUUUAUCGACUCUUUCUCUCUUUCCUCCUCAAUUAUUUUCCUCAUCCUUUAUCUUUAUCCCCUCCUUUCCCUCUGCCCCUCCUUUCUUUUAAUCUCUCUCUGCCUCUGUCUCUACUCCCUUCUUUUCUAUCUCUCUCUCUCCCUUUUUCUCUUUCUAUCCCUCCUUUCUCUUUCUCCUUUCUCUACCCCCUUCUUUCUCGCUCUUUCACCCAUUCUCUCUCUCUCCCCAUCACUUGUCUUUCCUUCCUUUCUCUCUUUCUCCUACUCAUUUCUCUCACACUCCUUCUCUCACUCACCACUCCCCCUCUCUCUCUCUCUCACCCUUCUCGCUCUCUCAGUCCUCCUUUUUCUAUCUCACCCGUCUUUUUCUCUCUCUGAUCCCUACUUUUUCUCUCUCCCUCUUUUUUUUUCUCUUUCCGUCUCUCUCUACUUUUCUCUCUGUCCUUUCUCUUUCUCUCACCAACUUUUAUCUAUCUCUCCCUCAACCUCAUUUUUCUUUCUUUCUACCUCAUUUUCCUUCCAACUUUCCCUCUCUAUCCCUCCUCUCUCUCUCUCUCUCUCUCUCUCUCUGUAUCUAUCUAUCUGCUUUUCCCUUUCUUUGUUUCUUUUUUCUUCACUUUUUUCUUUCUUCUAUUUCCCUUAUUUUCUCCUUCUUCUUGUCUUUUUCUUUCUUCUUCUUGUUUCCUUUUUUCUUUUUCCUUUCUUCUUUUUCCCUUCCUCCUCCUCUUUUCCUUUUCUUCUUUUCUUUUCCUUUUCUUCUCUUUUUUUUACCGCCGUCAUUUAUAUCUUAGUUAUUGUCACAUCAGCUAUCAACUCAACGACGACAAACAACAGCACUGUCACCAAUACGUUUAACAUCGUGUUGACCGCCCCGAUAAUUUCCCCUUCUCACACACUACACAUCAUUUUUAUCACAGUUCCAUCUUCACAUCGUUCACUGCGUCACCUUUCUCCCUCCCUUUCUCUCUCUCUCUCUCUCUCUUCGCCACAUUAA